ACGUGAAAGGAGUCAGUAAGGUGGUUUAUCCGCCCACACUUUGAUAUCUCCGCCCGCACUCAUCAAAGCCUCCACCCCCAACCUCCUCAUAACUCCAAAACCAAAUACUCGAAGGCAACUUCAAAUCUCCUCAGAUCUCUUUCACCCGGCGUCUCUGUAUCUCAUUUCUCUCUAUCUUCAAUCCACAAUGCACUCUUCGCUCUCUCUCUCCUUCUCCUCCUCCACAGCCAUUCCCAGAUCAGGCCACUCCUCCGAGCUCUCAUGCGCCGCUCCGCCUAGUCCUCUCAAUCUCCGCUUCUGUGGCCUCAGAAGAGAAGCCUUAGGGUUUUCUUCUCCGAAACGAAAUGAUUCUUGUCGAGUCAUCGUCUCCAGUCGAGGACGCUCCAAGAAGGUUUCAGCUUCGGUAUCAGACAAUGGAAGUGCUCCGAAGGCGUUCGACUACGAUUUGGUUAUUAUCGGAGCUGGCGUUGGUGGCCAUGGAGCUGCUCUGCAUGCCGUCGAGAAGGGUCUGAAAACUGCCAUCAUCGAGGGAGAUGUGGUGGGUGGAACAUGUGUAAACAGAGGUUGUGUUCCUUCUAAAGCUCUUCUGGCUGUAAGUGGUCGAAUGCGGGAACUUCAGAGUGAGCAUCACUUGAAGGCUUUGGGUUUGCAGGUUUCAGCUGCAGGGUAUGACAGACAAGGAGUGGCUGACCAUGCCAAUAACCUUGCUUCUAAAAUUCGUAAUAAUUUGACUAAUUCAAUGAAAGCAUUGGGUGUGGACAUAUUAACAGGCGUUGGAACAAUUUUGGGCCCUCAAAAGGUGAAAUAUGGAAAGGUUGGCUUCUCUGAGAAUGUAAUAACUGCAAAAAAUAUAAUCAUUGCUACUGGUUCUGUUCCUUUUGUCCCAAAAGGGAUUGAAGUUGAUGGGAAGACUGUUAUUACCAGCGAUCAUGCGCUCAAACUGGAGUCUGUUCCUGAUUGGAUAGCCAUUGUUGGAAGUGGUUAUAUUGGUCUUGAAUUCAGUGAUGUGUAUACAGCACUUGGAAGUGAGGUAACUUUUAUUGAAGCUCUUGAUCAGCUUAUGCCUGGAUUUGAUCCUGAGAUUGGGAAGUUGGCCCAAAGAGUUCUAAUAAAUCCACGGAAAAUUGACUAUCACACUGGAGUAUUUGCAUCUAAGAUCACUCCAGCCAAGGAUGGAAAACCAGUCAGGAUUGAGCUUAUUGAUGCUAAAACGAAGGAACCAAAAGAUGCAUUGGAGGUAGAUGCAGCAUUAAUUGCAACUGGAAGGGCUCCAUUCACAAAUGGUCUUGGCUUGGAGAAUAUCAGUGUAGUAACACAACGUGGUUUUAUUCCUGUUGAUGAGCGUAUGCGAGUAAUUGAUGCUGAUGGAAAUCUGGUUCCUCACUUGUAUUGCAUAGGUGAUGCAAAUGGUAAAAUGAUGCUUGCUCAUGCAGCAAGUGCACAAGGAAUUUCAGUUGUUGAGCAAGUUACCGGAAAGGAUCAUGUGCUCAAUCAUUUGAGCAUCCCAGCAGCUUGUUUCACUCAUCCAGAAAUCAGUAUGGUUGGAUUGACUGAGCCUCAAGCAAGGGAGAAAGCUGAAAAGGAGGGAUUUGAAGUAAGUGUUGCAAAGACAAGCUUUAAGGCUAACACAAAGGCCCUAGCAGAAAAUGAAGGAGAGGGACUUGCUAAGUUGAUAUACAGACCUGACAAUGGAGAGAUUCUUGGAGUGCACAUCUUUGGGUUGCAUGCUGCAGACCUUAUCCAUGAAGCAUCCAAUGCUAUAGCACUAGGCACACGUAUUCAGGACAUAAAAUUUGCUGUUCAUGCGCAUCCAACCUUGUCAGAAGUGCUGGAUGAACUCUUUAAAUCAGCUAAGGUUCAUGCUCAUGUUCCUAGUCCCGUAGGUGAACCAGUUACAGUUUAAGCUUCUCUUCUCAACUCUCUGGGUAUAAAAUUUUGAAGAAAUUUGAUUCUAUUAGCGAGUUUCAAGAAACCGUGCAUCUCUUUGCAAGAGGAGAGAACAUCAAUAUCCAUCAACACUUAGAAGAAGAAACAAAAUUCCAAUGGACUUGAGUUUUUCUCCAGGACUGUUGGGCCCGAAGGUUUUCUUUAUUACUUAGCAUCUUUGUUUUGUUGAGUCUGUUUUCCAAUGCCUCCUACAGAUACUUGAGUUAAUGCUCCAUUUUUAUUUAUAAAACGUUUAUUCCCCAAAUAAUUUUGAAAAAUAUUUUUACGUGUAA